AGCCGAGAGAACCGGAGAGAACCAGAGAACCCGGAGAGAACCAGAGAACCCGGAGAACACGGAAGCGUAGGGGAACCGAAAAACCCCAGAGAGACCAGAGCUGCGAGGGGAGCGGGAGAGCCCAGAGCCGCCGCCAUGGCCGAAGCUGACAUUGCUUUGAUUGGACUGGCUGUGAUGGGUCAGAACCUGAUUUUGAACAUGAAUGACCACGGCUUUGUGGUUUGUGCUUUUAACAGGACAGUCUCCAAAGUGGAUGAUUUCCUGGCUAAUGAGGCCAAGGGAACCAAAGUGAUGGGUGCUCACAGCCUGGAGGAGAUGGUSUCCAAGCUGAAGAAGCCCCGGCGCAUUAUCUUGCUGGUGAAGGCUGGGACUGCCGUGGAUGACUUCAUCAAUAAACUGGUACCAUUGUUGGAGGCUGGAGACAUCAUAAUUGAUGGUGGGAAUUCGGAGUAUAGAGAUACCACGAGACGUUGUAAAGAACUACAGGCAAAAGGCAUCUUGUUUGUGGGAAGUGGUGUCAGUGGUGGGGAGGAGGGUGCCAGAUAUGGACCUUCACUCAUGCCAGGAGGAGCCAAGGAGGCCUGGCCCCACAUCAAGACCAUAUUUCAAAGCAUUGCUGCUAAAGUGGGAUCUGGGGAACCUUGUUGUGACUGGGUGGGAGAGGAAGGUGCUGGACAUUUUGUGAAGAUGGUGCACAAUGGGAUUGAGUAUGGAGACAUGCAGCUGAUCUGUGAGGCCUAUCACCUGAUGAAAGACGUGGUGGGCAUGGAGCACGAUGAGAUGGCAAAGGUAUUUCAGGAGUGGAAUAAGACAGAGUUGGACUCUUUCCUGAUUGAAAUCACAGCCAACAUUCUCAAAUUCAAAGACAGCGAUGGCAAAUACCUCCUGCCAAAGAUCAGGGACAGUGCAGGACAAAAAGGCACAGGGAAGUGGACAGCCAUUUCCGCCCUGGAAUACGGUGUCCCGGUCACACUCAUAGGUGAAGCUGUGUUUGCACGCUGCCUGUCCUCCCUCAAGGAUGAGAGAGUGCAGGCCAGCAAGCUGCUGGCUGGGCCCAAAAUGACACAAUUCAGUGGGAACAAGAAGGCCUUCCUGGAGGACAUCCGCAAGGCCCUGUAUGCUUCCAAGAUCAUCUCAUAUGCUCAAGGCUUCAUGCUGCUGAGACAAGCAGCCAAAGAGUUUGGCUGGACGCUGAAUUAUGGUGGCAUUGCACUGAUGUGGAGGGGAGGCUGCAUCAUCCGAAGUGUGUUCCUGGGAAAAAUCAAAGAUGCUUUUGAUCGAAACCCUGAGCUCCAGAAUUUGCUGUUGGAUGAUUUCUUUAAGAGAGCUGUUGAAAACUGUCAGGACUCCUGGCGCCGUGUCAUCAGCACUGGGGUGCAGAUUGGAAUCCCUAUGCCCUGCUUCACUACUGCACUUGCUUUUUAUGAUGGGUACAGGCACGAGACAUUGCCAGCUAACCUGAUUCAGGCUCAGCGUGAUUACUUUGGUGCACACACGUAUGAAUUGUUAUCGAAGCCAGGGGCAUUUAUCCACACUAACUGGACAGGCCAUGGAGGAAAUGUGUCCUCUUCUGCUUACAAUGUCUAAUGGAAAUCCCUCCACUUGGAGCCAAGAUACUGUAGGUCUCAGAUAUUUCUCCUAGAAUAUCACUUUUUACUGUACUAUGCUAGAACUUGUGUUUGGACACUUUUGUAAUAACUUGUGGGUAUAUUUCAUACAUAUAUCUGUAUCUCUCUGUAUGUAUCAUGUAAGAAAGCUAAAUAAAUUUAGUUUUAAAUCUG